UGACUCAGCGAGGAUCAGGGGUAUUUUUAGUUGGUAAAAUGAAUACCCUAGCCGGGAAUGUGAAACACAAGUAUUCCAAUGUAGGAUCAUCCAUUCUGAAAUCCAUUGAUCCAAAUAUUAACAAUGACAACCCUAAAGCCCAUGCUGGUGAACCUAUUUGCAAUAUGUCAGAAGGUCUGCAAUCUUUGAAUCUAUCAGAUGAUGAACAUGAAGGGUCUGAAAGUAGUGAAAGUGUUCUGCUACUUGAUGAUUGUGAGAAUCUGCGAAUGAACACAGAAGCUAGUUUUCUUGCAGCUUUGAACAUUCCCCAGAAUGAAAAAGUCAAAGUGGUGUCUAUAUUUGGGAAUACUGGUGAAGGAAAAUCAUAUACUUUAAAUGAAGUUUUCUUCAAUGGGGAACAAGUAUUCAGAACUUCUCCAUCACAGACUUCUUGUACACUGGGUGUAUGGGCAAAGUACCAUCCAAAACUCAAAUUAAUUUGUUUGGAUACAGAAGGUGCAUUGGGUGUAUCAAAGAAAGAAAACCAACGAAUGAGGCUCCACCUCAAAGUCCUCGCCGUCUCCGACAUAAUCAUCUACCGCACGCGAGCCGAACGGCUCCACCGAGACAUGUACAGCUUCCUAGGCGACGCCUCCAAGGCCUACAAGGACCACUUCAGCUCGGCCCUCACCAAAGCCCUGUCGAAGAACGACGGCGACAAGCUAACCAGCGCCAUCGGACCCGGCGUCGUCAUCUUCCACGAGACCCGACUGACGGACACUUUGCACGACAGCGCCAAUCUCACGCAGUCAGCCGAAGACAUUCUGCGGUCGACUUUCGCGGACUUGAAGCUGCCCUGCGACGCUUUCAGUUUUCUGAAGUACGUGGGGGUUAGGACCCAUGGGGCGCGCACUUCCUUCAAGGAGUUGCGGGUCGCUUUGCUGGACAAGCUCGAGAGCACCGAAGUGAGGACGAGGCGGGACGCCAAAUAUGUGUAUUUAACGUUGAAGAGUAUUAACGACAAAUUCAAAAACCAAAUCAGCAACACGACACCGCAGAUGUACUUGCCAGCAUUUUUUACUUGUCCCGAGAAAUGUCAGUCCUGUAAGAGCAGUUGUAAUAUGUCUGUGGGCCACAAGGAGGAAGGGGAACCACACCAGAGUAAACAGGAUUGCACUUUUCAACAUCAGUAUCAGAAUUACGUGUAUCUUUGCAAGGUGUGCCACCGGAACGGCCAACGCAACAUAGUGAAACCCAGCUACCAAACGAUGACGGACAGCUCGUGGAGCGGCUACUUCAGCUACGCUUGGUCCGGCUACGUGAUCGAGUGUCCGCGGUGCGGGGAGAUAUACAGGAGCCGGCAACACUGGUACGGCAACAAGAGCCCUGAGGACGUGGCCGUGAGGACGGAGGUGGUGCACGUGUGGCCGGGGGAUACACCCCGUUUCCAGGAUAGAUCUCUCUUCGGAUCCCAAAAUUCCGCUCAGAAAGUACUGGACGGCGUCACUAUGUUCACGGAAGUCAUCGCCAGCGUGGGAUCGCAGCCCAAAAGGCUGAUCAGCGAUUGGGCGGCGGAUAAAAUAGCACCUAGCUAUUGGAGGCCGAAUAAUGAAAUCAAGGAGUGCUUCAAGUGCAACGCCCCGUUCGUCGACGGCGACAAGAAGCACCAUUGCCGCGCGUGCGGCGAGGGCUUCUGCGAGGGAUGCUCGUCGCGCCGCCAGCCGGUGCCGGCUCGCGGCUGGCACGAAGACGUCCGAGUGUGCGACGAUUGCUACCGAGAGGAGCCGCCCAGCCUCACGAAUGCCGCUGACGGCGCGGAGAACAGGGCGAGGCAGAUCGGGGAGACCGUCAUCAAUUCCAUCUCGGCCGUCAAAUCGGUUCUGGACAUACCGAGAGACUACAUCAAAGAGACGGCCCGGCCGGCGUACUGGACGCCGGACGUGGAGUGCUCCGCAUGCGCCGUGUGCUCGUCGGCGUUCGGCGCGCUUCGUGCUCUCCACCACUGCCGCGAGUGCGGCAAGGGGGUGUGCGACGAUUGCUCGGGGGCGCGCAAACCGGUGCCGCUGCGGGGGUGGGACGGGCCGGUGCGGGUGUGCAAUCACUGUCGAUGA